CCUUCGGUGAAAGUGGGUUCUUCACUUUCGGGAUUAAGGAAAUUAGAGUAUGGUUUAGUUCCGGUGGCAUCUCCCCAGUCUUGAGAAUUUCCAUAACUAACACCACUACAUGGUCUCCCACAUUCCUCCAAUUUCUGCGGGAAAAUAACAUCAAAAAAUCGUAAGCUCCUAGAGCUUUUCGGUUUCUCAUAUACUCCAGCGCUUCAAAAACUUCUUCCCAAGUAAACGGUCGUAAUAACUCACCAUUCUGCGUAAUGGAGGGGCUGAUGGUGUCGAGCACUAGUUUUGCAAGUGGUUUGUCUCCUGCUUUAAAUAGCCCGUCAAAAUAGCCAAUGAAACAGUUAGAAAUUGCCUCAUAUGUUGAAUACCGCUUGGGUUCGGGGCGGUUUGAUCCAAAACUGCACCCCUACCCAGCGGCUAAGUCCAAGUUUUUUUCGAUCUCCUAACUUUGGUCGAAAUUUCAAACGAACGUAACUUUGCACUCGGGUAUCCGAUCGCAGCGAAAUAUUUUUGAUUUCGCAUAACUUUUUAAGGACUACAACUUUUACUAGGAAGGAAUUUUCAAAACAUGAAUUAUUUUUGGAUAUACGGGGUUGUUGGAAUAACUUUACCUGUACUUUUCAUAUAUCCACGUACUUUCCAAAAUUAUGUCUAUGAUAAAAGUUGUAUUCUUUAAAAAUUUAUGCGAAAUUAAAAAAAAAAUUCACGACGUUCGGAUUUUGGAGAACAAAGUUUUGGUCGUCCAAAGUUUGACGAAAUCGAAAAAAACUCGUUUGGGGUAGCAAACAGCCUUUUUGGGACAGAGGGGGGACAAAACCUACUACGGCAUUUUGCUUCUUGCAAGAUCUCAAAAAGUUGUGUGGGAUAAAAAAAAUUGCAGCGAUCGGAUACCCGAGUGCAAAGUUACGUUCGUUUGAAGUUUCUGCUGAAGUUAGUAGUUGAUCGGAAACAGCUCUGUAACCAUGCAUUUUUAUCGGACCAAACUGCUGAGUAGGGGGCUUUUUGGACCAAACCACUCCAAACCCAAGCGGUUUUCAAAACAGCCCUGUAACCAUGCAUUUUUAUCGAAAAUCGCGGCCCCACCCAGUGGUUUUCAAGAAAGGGUUGUAUUUUUGGAAUUUUUCAGGGUUAUGUGGUAUUUUUGUCAUUUGUUUUUUAAACAGUGGUAUUUCUGGAAAACUUUCUUGUUCAUCUUGCAGCUCCCGAAUCAUAUUUCUCUUCCUUCUGGCUCUUUUUUGUGAAAGAAGGAUGUGUUUCUGUCUCAUUUAAAUUUUCUUCCAUUGAUAAAUACUGGUAUUUUUUUUUAUCUCCCGUCAAAACCCCUUUCUCAAUCAAAUUAGGGAAAACCAAAAACUCCUAUGUUAGUAGAUAUAUUUUUAUACCACUGUAACCCACUUGGCCUCUCUUUGUCUCUUGAUCUCUCUUGUGUACAUAUCAAACAAACACAAUCAUGAAUUUUGUCAUUGUAUCAAUCUAUCCAUCCAUCUCCAUUUCAUCAUUAAUCGGGGAAAACCAUCAUAAAACAAAAGAAGAAACUGAAGCUCCGAUAUUCGUGCCCCAAACCAGUCCCUAUAAUCUAAUUCCACUUACAUGUUAUUUGUUACUUUAGUUCCGCUCACAAGAGCAUAUGAUGAAUCGAGAAUGGAGGUCUAAGUCUAUCCCUUCAUCUCCUUCUAUCCCCUUCCAAACAUUGAAAUUGUAAAAAUCAGUAUGAAUCUUAUUUCUUUCUACGAAAUUUCCAAUCGAAUUGAAGAAAAAAGCAAAGAAAAAUCCUCAAGUGGGACUGCCAUGCCAAUUGUCAUGCAUGUCGUUGUCUUAGUCAGAUCCGUUUCUGGAUAAAUGAUAACGAUGUAAUUGCACAUGUUUGCGCCCCUAGUUCUUAUCCGUUUGAGGGGCAUAUUCGUGUGUUGUGGCCUAUUUUACGCCGGGUUGUGCUAUUUUGUCAUGUUUCAGGUCCCAGUUGUCAAAGGGAAGGCUAAGCACGAGUUUCGGGGCAUUCGGAAGUCAUUUCGGUGAGCUGGAGCCAAAACACGGGCAGCCUAAAGCAUUACACGGCCGUGUACUGCUGGCCGUGCUUUUUAUGCCGAGAGCAAAUUUGGUUUGGCCAAUUCAGUUGCAAACACGGGUAGCCUAAAGUAUUACACGGCAACUAUCUUCCUUCUUCACAAUACGUAGAUUGGAAAAGUAGAAGAAAUAGGAAGAGGUUUAUAGCCUUUCCUUAUCCAAUUUUCGAGCUUCUAGAUUUGGAAAGCUUGAGUUUUGAGUUUUUGAUUUUUUAGGCUCUCUGUUAUCUGAUAGUUUCUUUAAAUUGUUUUUCUUUCUUCUCAAUGAUGGUGGACUGGACUGGUGGUGAUGAUCUAAGUCUGGUCUAUCACUCUCGCAGAAACUAAAUAUGAGAUCAAAAGAAUUAAAAGCAGAAUGGAUGAUUGGAAAUCAUAAUAGAGGAAGGGGAAAAAUAAUUAAGAAAUUAGCAUGAAAUAGCUAAGAGUAUUCCUAAAUCCACCACGAGAAAAGCCAGCAGUGGAAGACCAAGUGAAAAAGUAAGUUGUAGAUUAGCCACAUGUUUAAUAAUAAACAGACAGUCAUUUCUAAAUUAGUACUCAUGGGUUAUGUUAACAUUUCUCUUAUGCAACAAUAUCCAACUUAAACUUUUAAUAAUAUCUUCAAUGAGUAUUUAGAUAUUAGUAACUAUCCUUAUUUCCUUGGAAGAGUGAGAAGCAGAAGCAAGGGGUGAGGGUUUCAAUGAUUACCCUGCCUCCUCCUAGUACGCUGCUAGAGACCCAUUGUCACCUCAGUCAAAGCUCAUGUACUAAGGAAUACACACUAGUUCCUCUCAAUAGGUUCAACCUAUCAUGCCACUAAAGCGAUGGAAACAAUGACGCUUGGAUCAUCUCUAGCAUUAUUUCAGGAAGGCAUUCCUCUAGUAGGGGUUCGAACGCCUCACCCACUAAAAGGAACACUCGGAUCAUUCAUCAAGUCCUAAUUAGCUAGACACUCCCAAUCUAACCCUAAACUCCCAUGUAGUUCUUUAGACUCAGUUGCAGGCUAAUAGAGAAGAGUUGGGAGACACAAGCCUCAACCUAAUCAAGCAUAAAUGAAGAAUAAAUCACUCAAACAAUUACAUCGACAUUCAAAAUCCAAAUCUAGGGUUUAGGAGUUUUAGCCCCUAGUAACUUAGAGGACUACUCCAUAAAGGAGGGAAGAAGAUAGAUGUAGAGAAAAUGGAAGAAACUUGAAUUGGGGAGAGCUUCCUUCCUCCUUGGCUCCUCCUUAUCCUCUUCUCCUUUCUUCAACUUCUCUCUCUACUUUCUCUCUCAAACCAUAAAUUUCAUAAUUGAUUUAAGCUCCCUUAGUGGGGGAGAGGAACCCUCUAUUUAUAGAUUUCAAAAAAUUAAGGCAAGUGAUAACGAUGUAAUUGCACAUGUUUGCGCCCCUAGUUCUUAUCCGUUUGAGGGGCAUAGUUGUGUGCGUUUGGCCUAUUUUACGCCGGGUUGUGCUAUUUUGUCAUGUUUCAGGUCCCAGGUGUCAAUGGGAAGGCUAAGCGCGAGUUUCGGGGCAUUCGGAAGUCAUUUCGGUGAGCUGGAGCCAAAACACGGGCAGACCCAAGGCAUUACACGGCCGUGUACUGCUGGCCGUGCUUUUUAUGCCGAGAGCAAAUUCGGUUUGGCAAUUUCAGUUGCAAACACGGGCACCAAAGCACGGCCGUGUCCAACGCGAAGCACGGCCGUGUUUCCACCAGCUGCUGGCCGUGUAAUUAAGCCUGGCCGAGGCACGGACGGAGUCAGGCAAAGCACGGCCGUGCCCUCGACCGUGCUUUGGCUGAUGCCUUUUUAAGCAGAUUUUCAGCCAAACAGAAGGGGAUUUGAGUUUUUGAGAGAGAGAUCAGUUCCUAGAGAGAGAAAGUGACGAGCAAGAGUUCCCAAGUGCCCUAGAUUGAUCUUCAACACCAUUGGAGGCCAGCUUGAGCUUGGAGAAGUGCCGAUCAACGUCCAGAAGCAGGAAUCCAUCCUUUGUAGUAUGAAUUCCGUGUCUUAUUCUACUUUUGCUUUCUUCUCUAUGGAGUAGUUCUCCCAUUCAUCUGGGUAUGGAGAACCCUAGAUUUGUAUGUUAGGCUUUGAUUGUAUGAACCCAAGUACUGAUUCUGUGAUUGAUUAUAUUUGAUUGAGGUUUUGAUGAUUGAAUGACUUGAAUCCUGAUCAAAUUCCUGUUGUUUCUGCUUUAACCUAGAAUGAGAAUAUCUGCCUAGGUUAAUAGAGUAUCCUUGAUUGAAGGUAGGGAGUUGGUGACUUUAGUCGAGGAGCCAACUCACUAUUCUGUACCGGAUUUACUCCGGUAGUGGAGGUUUUGUUCUUAGGGCCUCAAUCUGUCGACUCCGGUGGAGGUUAGUCGCCCGCUAGAGAGUCAGAUUGAGAGGGUCUGAAGACCUUUAGUCGAGACUUCAGGCUGUUUAAGAACCUUCCGCAGUAUAACUGUCAUAGAAACUGAACUUGGUAAUUACAAUCCGGCUUAACUGCAGUCUAGGGGGAACCAUAUCCGGGUGACCUCUCUUAACUUGAAUACAACCUUUUACCUGCUUUGCUUUGUUUGUUUGGUAGUUUAGACUUGCAUUCCAGUUUCAUUGCUAGAUAACACGAAUUCACUGAGUAGUCAUCAUAUCUAGGACCCGGGUUGAUAAUUAAACCUAAACCCGCUAUACUACGCUUUAGGAAGUGGUUACACUUGGCCAAUUCCUGGAGUGACAGUAGAGUCGAGUCAGCAAGUUCACAACUGGAGGGGGGCAAAGUUCGCAGCAGUGAACUUGGGGGUCGAGGCCGCGAUCUUCAGCUUGCCGUUUUGCACUUUGAUGGUCAAGGACUUCGCGGACCGACUUCAUGUUCGCGAUUUGUGAGUCGUAGCCACGAUCUUUCUCGUGGGCUUAGAUGUACAAAGUCGCGAGUCGAUUGUCAAAACUUUCUGUUUCUUCCUUGUUGGUUGCUUGAAAAGUUUGCAUCCAAAGCCUCCACGUUCGCGGCCGUGAUCUUUGAUGCAAAGACCGUGAUCUUGUAGCUUUGGUUCACGCACUCUCUUCAUGACCUUGAUCUUCUUGCCUUUGACCGUGAUCUCUCAUUUUUCGUCCAUAACUCUAAACUUGUGUAGACUUUUGGUACUAAAAACAUUCAUAUCGUCUAACACACCUAAGAAUACUGAAAUUUUCUUAGAGAAACGAAUCAAGAGCAUAUUAGACGACAUAUUAGCAAUGAAGAACACAGAAUGACUCAAAACAAACCUAAUAUGAGAUCCAAAUAACACUAAAUUGAGUGUUAUCAAUUAGCCAAACAUUUUUUUUUAUCAUCUUAGCAAUUUUAUUGGUAAUGCUGACUUGAUAAUAUGAUGUUGAGUGGAAAGAGACACAUGGUUGUCAAUAUUGUAAAAUUUUAAUGAAUAACAUAGUUAAACAAUUAUUAAAGAUAACAAAUAAAUGAUUAAUAGUUUGAUGCAUUAAAAAAGAUGUGGCUAAUACUUUGUAUUUCGUAAGGUUCUAACAUAUCAAUUUGGCACAAUUGUCUCGUUUUGAGUCGAAUUGACCCAUUUGACAUCACAAAUUAAGAUGAAUCAAUUUGUCAUGAGGAAUUUCUAAUUGACUCGUUAUAACAAAAUUACAAUUAUUUUGGGUGGGGCAUGUAAUUCAAAUUGACACAUUUUAAAUGACACAUUUUGUAAAAUGAGACAAUAAGCCUAUUUGUUGCAU